CAACGCGAUCCAUCCUCACACCAGCCGCCAUGGCUGCUCCCAGGCUGCCGUUCCUCUGGCCCGUGCUGGCAAGAGGGUUCGAGAGCACCUCACCCACUGUCCGCUCCGCCAGAGCUGCCCAACGCAUCCAGGCGUUUCACUCAACAUCCCGACGAAGACGACCAGAGGUAACACCGCCUCAGCAACAGCGUUAUGGCACGGCGAACGAACCUCUGCCUCAUCUCGCAAAUGGGAAGAAGAGGAGCAAAAAGAAUGCUCCCGCCGAACAGCAGAAAAGACUGCCCAAAAUCGGCGAGAAGCUCCAAACGGCAGGGGAAGCAGAAGUGAAGGCCGAGCGUCAAGAGUUGCAAACAGAGGAUGUCAAGAAAGAACCCAAACCAGAAGACGUACCAGCGACAUCAAAAGCGCAUUCAGACCCGCUUCUAGACGGAGCAACCCCUAUUCAAAAAGCGCCUGGUGCGCCAGAAACACCGCCUGACAAGCCCCUAGAAACGCUGUUGGAUUCAGUGCCUGAUCCAGUGGAACACGCAGAGGAACAACAGGCAGCAUCCUCGAAGACCCAGCCUGAGGAACAGCCAACGCAAGCUUUUGACGAACACGCUCCUUCGACGAAAGCUCCUCACAUCAGCACACCUCGCCACGUGCAUCACUUUGACACUUAUGGGCUGGUGAAUCGCUUAAAAGACGGAAAUUGGUCGGAAGCACAGGCAAUAACAACAAUGAAGGGCGUACGUGUGAUGUUGGCUGAAAAUAUGGAUUUGGCCCGUGAAGCGCUGGUCAGCAAGUCACAAGUGGAGAACGAGACCUACCUCUUUCGAGCAGCUUGCGCAGAGCUGAAGACGGAAGUGACAAGUCGGAGGAGAGCGGAGCAAGAGAAGAUGCGAACCGAGCGGGCGCAACUACAGCACGAAGUCGAAAUUUUGACGCAGCGACUGGGUCAAGAGAUCGCGGCCAUGAAAGAUGACAUUAAGGGUACCUUUGAUGACCGCAAGAUGGCUGUACGCAACGAUGAGCGCUUGAUGGAGUCGAAGAUUCAACGAUUGAACUACCAGAUCACAGUCGAUCUGCAAGCUGAUGCGAAGUCAGAAGUUGAAGGGCUCAGAUGGGUCAUGACCCGUCGCGUCAUCCUGGCCUUGGGUGUGAUUGUAAUCAUGGUGGUGGCAUCGCUGAGAAUAUAUUCCAACGCCGUGCACGAGCAAGAAUUGACAGCAAAGCGACUUGCUAGGAUGAGAUCGGGAGGCACACAGACGGACUCUGGAAGUGGGAGAGGGGGUCCGACUGGUAGCGAUUCACCUACAAGUGGUCAAGGAAUGAAUGGCGGUGAGAUGCUUGUCGACUCAUUGCCUACUGGGUAGUAAUGAUAGCAUGUGAAGUUGUGCAUGGCGAAGCUAGAGUUAGACUAUGAUACCCCUAUCACAAUGCAUUCGUCGAUUUUCGGCCGCUCCUUCCAGAUGGAGAUGGACUUCGUGUCUGGCUUCUUGAGGCAGCCGCUAUCGACAAUUUGGCGACCGAUAUGCGCCCACGACACCUCAUUCGACAGCACUCGUAUAAUGCUGUACA